AGAGACCGCUUCCUCUCGCCCGCCCACCGCACAGGACCACCCCCAGUCCUGAGCGAGGGUGUUCCAGUGAUGACGAGAUCAACGUGGUGGACUCCCCUCCCCCUGCGCCACUCUACGCCCACGCCUACUACACCCACGCCCACAUGGACGAUGACGUGCCCCUAGACAUGAGCACCAAGCGUCGCUCUCCCCCACCCACACGUCUCCCCCACCACACCCCCACUUCCAACUCCCCAUCCCCUCCACCCUACCACCCUCGACCCACCUACCUGCCAGCCCCCGCCCGCGCCCGCCCAACAGUGAUCACCUGCGUACCGCCCCGUUACCUAUCCGCCCAUGAUCUCCCACCUGCAGAACCCGCCCACAUGCAGCCACACACCCACAGGGACCUGCCACCCGCCUACACGGAGCGCCCCCUGCCGCCCCCUUACAGUGUGGCCACGGCUCACCUCAGCCAACAGAGGGCCCGGGAGGCGGCGCCCAUGCCACGCUCACUGGUGACCACAACGCCCAUCAGCCCCGCCCACAGGGACGCACCCCGCCCAGAGGAGCCAUCAUCACUCCGUAAAGUGGUUCAAGCUGGACCUGUGUACCCUGAGAUCGACGAGCACUUCCGGCGGAGUCUGGGCAAGGACUACCAGCAACUGUUCGCCGCCACAGCUCCUAAGCCCUCGCCCUCUACUGACUCAGUUGACGACCACUUCGCCAAGGCCCUCGGGGAGACGUGGGUCAAACUGCAGGCAGAGCGUCGUGAUUCCACCGCCAGUAACAGCAGCAGUAGCAGCAACAGCGGGACCAGCAGCAGUGGCGGGGUGGGCGUGGGCGGUGGUAGUGCUGUGGUAAGCCGGCUGAGCCCCACUCGGUCGUCCCCAGCGCCCGUGCCUCGCCUCAUCUCUACGUGAGCGCCUCACCCACUCUCUCCUGUUCCAAAACUCUCUUCGGGUGGGA